AUGUCUUCCUCGUUUUGCAAUAGCUACGACGUUCACUCGUCGCCUGCUCUACCGCCUCUGCCAGCACCAUCACUGCCAGCGCGGGCUCAGGAGCUGCUGAGAACGCCAGAGGGUGCAGCUGACGACGAGAACUACUUUGGCACGGCCAGCUGGGGCUCACCUUACCCUAGCUCCGACCACAAUCUUCAGCCGGACAGCCUCGACAGCGACGACGGCUCCGACGACUCGCCUCUCCAUCAAUUGGCUAUCGACACACCGUUUCUGCGACCUGCACCCGAGCUUUUCGAGGGUGACGACGCACACCACGACGCCGAUCCCAACUCGUCUAUCAGCGCUGCAGCUGCGGUCCUCGCUAAUCGCGUACGAAGGCAAACACAAGCGCGAGGGUUGACAGAAGAUUGGAUCCGCACGCACACGUCCGGUGUAAACGACGUUGAACCUCGACUCUGGUUCAGCGACGGAAGUGAAAGUGAGCACUCUUCAUUGAGCGGCUCGGAAAAGGACUGGAAACAAGAGCAAGACCAAAACCGCACGCCAAAGGCUGAUCCGGCAUUGAAAGAAGCUGCUCGACGCAUUAGCAGACGUAAUCGCGGCGCGUCCAGCAUCGAGACACUGAAACCCAGUCCACGAACGCGCAAAGUCAUCGCCAUGGCUACCCCAGAAACAGCAGCCAUGCCCGAGGCACCUGUCGGAGAGACACAGGAGGCUGCCUCGGCCCAGAACGAAAUCCCAAGGUCAGGAACUCCCGCGAGAGAAAGCAAUGACGAAGCGAAAUUGCCUGCCACACCCACUCGGAAGGUGGACAAGCCGUUACCGAAGGAACCUAAAUCGACGCCCCGGAUCAAGAAGAAGAUUCCUUGGAAUGGCAAGAACAUUCUGGUCCUGCUACCUCGGGACGAGGAGAGGGGACAGCCGGGCAAAGCUCCAAGACCACUGCGCCAAAACGAGAUUGAAAAGAUGUUCGCUUCAUGGAGAGAACUCGGCUACCGCACAGACGGGUUCGAUCUCUUGGUGGAAGGAUAUCAGCCCCCUGGGACAGAUGACUCGCAAAGUCGAGGGGACUGGCCUCAGGCUGAAGACCUCAUCCACGAGCGAUCUCAGAAGCAGUACCAGGUUCAGCUCCCAGACCUGAACGCCUGGAAAACCUACGAGAAUGAGCUACGAGAAGCCAAGCUUCGCGCUCUGGGUGUUUCCAUGCCUGACGAGGAGCCCCCAGCGCCUCCUUCGCCGCCGAUAACCAACCCGAGUCGACAGGCUUCCGCACAAUAUCCUCUCAAUCCAUUUUCGCCGCCUCUGCCUGCUUCUUCGGCAUCGAGCAACCACAACCAGUCUGCGAUGGGGUUCCCCUUCCAACACUUCAAUGCUCAGAGCCCGGGCAUUGCCUCACCUGGACCCUACGGACACCAGCCAGGCAAAUACAACCCACGCCAGUCCAUCUCCUUCCCUCCUUCUGGAUCACCAUACCAGUUUAAUCCUCAAGGUCAAUGGCCAGGCGUGCAGGGCAUGGACCGCAGCGAAUCGCCCUCGUUUGCUCACCUCAAUGGUAUGAUGUCGCCCCAAUCACCUUUUGGCGUGGACGGUAUGCAGCCGACUGGCAGUCCUGCAUUCAAUUUGCACCAAAGGCAAGCGUCACUGCAAUAUCCUAUGCUGCCUCACCAGCAAUUGCAGCAACAACAGUCCAUGCGAGCCUCGCCUAGGUUGCAAGAGGUGCGUGAGGACGACGAGGGCGUUUCCAAGAGUCCCUCCAAGACUCCUGAGGCACGUAAGGUGAACAAGGACGGCGUGCAAGCGGAGAUUGAGGAUGCAGAGUAUCAUCUGGAAGAGCAGUUCCGCACCCAGCUUGAGCAUGAGGAUUACAGCCCUCAGCAGAACCGCAGGCAGUCUGGCCAGCCUGUUCCGGAGCAUUUCGCCAAUGAGCCUGGGAAGCCCAUGGUCUUGCACCAUCCCCGGCCGCAUAGCCGUGGUCACUCAUUGACGCAGAACAACUACUAUGAGGAUGGCAAUUCGUUUAGCGAGAAUGCCGAGCAUGGCAACUUGAAGCAAUUCGCACCUAUGAAUGGCAUACCUGAAAGUCAACGAGGCGAUGAGUCGUACGAGGUCGACACGAACCCGAGCAACCUCGGCACGCCUAACCCAGACUUCGACAUGUCAGCAUCGUUGGGACAUCAGAAGAACGCCUCCACCGUCAGCAACCCUUGGGUCGACAGCACAACUCAGCGCGUGUCGCACAGCACCAAGCCUUCGCUGUCUAAGCUGAAUGUCAAGGCUCCUGAGUUCAAGUUCAAUCCCGAGAAGACAUUCACUCCUAGUGGAUCUUUCAACUUCGGAGGCCAGCCUUUCCAGCCGACAGUACUCAAUACUGGUAUACAAGAGCCAUACCAGCCACCUGCCGCCUUUGAGCCCGAGAAGCCGAAGCCGGAAGAGCCCAUCAUUCCAAGCAUCGAAUCCAAGGAAGAGGGUGAGAUCAGCGAGGUCGAAAAGGCUCCCGAUGUCAAGGACGUGGCGACCGAGGAGCUCAAGGUGCAGCCGCGCCAAGAGCGCGAGUCUUCUAUCCCUGCCUUCACGGGCAACACCUCAGACAGCGCACAGAACGAUACAUUCGCACCUGGUCAGAAUGUGUUCAGCUUCGCCUCCUCUGGUCCGAAGUUCAGGCCUGAUGCUCCGGCGUUCACGCCCCUCCGAGCUGUUACCAGCCCCAUGCCCUCGAACGUUGGCCAUGGCUCUCGUCCCAGUAUCUUUGGCAACAUCCGCAUUUCCUCUGCCGAGCUGGACGCAUCUUCCAAGCGAUCAAGAGCGAUCCCUAUCGUUCGACCAACAAGCCGACGCUCUUCUUCACCCCCGUCUGAAGGUCAGGAUGCACAUCUAGCCAAUGAGGAUGAGCACGGCCGUCCUCUUAAUGAUGCUCGCUCAAAGCGCGCCAAGAGCAGCGCACCAGAUGGCGACGAUGUGCCCCUCUUUGCGAACCAACCUGAGGACAGCACACCGACAAUCCAGGAAGCCCAGGAGCCAGCCGAGAAAGAGCCCACAGAGCCUGAGAACGCACCCGCGGAUACCUCCUUGUCAUCCAUUGGCACUGAUCACCACAUUGAGACCAAGGCGACAACUACUGCGCCGUCCGAGUCAUCGCCUGUCGAUGCCGCUGAUGGUGACAAGACCUACAAGCCAUUCGAGUUCGAUUCCCAAUUCGAAGCGCGCAACUUCAGCGAAGCCCGCCCCGUUGGUGACGAUUCUUUCUUCAAAGAAUCUGGCCACAGUGCCUCCUUAUCCGCUACGGCACAUCCUUUCGUUCCCGGUGAAGGUUUUGCUUCCCCAGCGGCGGCGGCCACCUCGGUUGUGACAUCGGCAGAGGCUGUCGAGGAACCUCAACACAAGCGAUCUGCGUCUCCUACACCUAAGCGUAAGAGUCUUGGGCUUGGUGCCUCUCGUUUUGCGUCGCCAUCACCACCACCCAAGCCCAAAGGCCUGGCGGCUUCCCGCUUUGCCGAUGCCUCGUCACCUGAGCUUGAACCCGUGCAGGAAGUCCUGCCCUCCGUUGAGCAAGAGCCGCUCGUUGAGGAGCACGGUGAUCAGACCUUUGAGGAGAUCGAUGCCAUCAUGGAGGAGAUGGCUCACGACCCUAGGCUGGGAGUUAAAAAGACGACCGACUCGAUCAAGAGGGCCGCGCCCGCUACAGAGGCACGCGAUUCUCCGACGCACCAGCUCGAGUCGCCUGCUCCUCACUCGCAGUAUGCUACUGAGUUUGCUUCGCGCGAGUACCAGGAGCUGCCUAAGCUGCGGACACCCGAGUUGGAAGAUCCGUUCCUGGAUCCUGUCGAUCAGCGCUGGCCCGUCGGCGAAGAAGCAGAGCAGUCCCAAAGUCCCUUGGCUAGUGACUGGGAGGAGGCCUUCUCUGCUGACGAACACGAGAAGCUUGCGAGCCGCGCUCAGUUCUUCGAUGGUCGUGUCAACCAGGUCGUCGGGAAUCUGCUGGCCUCGCGCCUCGAGCCCUUGGAGCAAGCACUCUUCUCUAUCCAGGAUGCUUUGGCUUACAAGUCUGGCCGUCCUACUUCAUCUCGUCAUGACAGAAGGAGCAUGUCGGCAGAGCUCAGACAGAGCGAUGCCGAUGACGAAGACGACGAGCCUGCGCCGCGUCGCUCAUUGAGCCCCCGUCGCGACCGUAAGAUGGAUCAAAUCCGCGCCGCCGUCUUGGAAAGCCUCACAGCCCACCAGCAAGCCCAGCCCACCGUGGCCCGUGCUGUGCCGGAAGAUGACUCGGAGGCCCGCAACGCGGCCCUGCUCGCCCAUGUUCUUGCCAACUCCAAGCCGGACUUCGAGAAUGCCGUACAGAGCAGAAUGCCCCCGCCAGCUGAUCCCGACGUUGAACUUAAGCUCAGCAACGAGCAGAGCAAGGUUGAGAAGGAGGAUACUUCCACCGAUCUGCAACGCCAACUGCAGAAUGCCGAGACGCGUAUCGAAAUUGAGAACAUCAACAAGAGCGUGUUCGACCAGAGGCUUCGUCAUCAAGAGGAGCGUACCGAGGCGGAAGACCGUUUGUCUGAGAACCAGCAGGAAGAACAACGCCUGCGUGAGGCAAACGCGGAGAAGGACGAACGCAUCCGCAACAUGGAAAAGGCCAACAGCAAGGCCAACUCGACCAACUCGACUCAGUCGCAUGCUGAGCUGACGAACAAGGUCAACGCUCUUGAAGCUGACCUUCGUGCUGCCGAGCGCUCGGACGAGACUGCUCGCCGCCACGCUGGUGAGCUUGCCCACACUAAGUCGCUCAAUACUAUUACCACGCAAUUGGAGGAGAACGAACGUCUGCGUGAGAGUUGGCGUGGUAAGUACAUCAAUGCCGCUCGCGAGAUCGCCGAGGAGAAUGCCCGCCGCAUCAAGAAGGAUCAGUCCAUGCUUGCCAGGCAGGAAGCCAAGACGCGUGAGCGUCUCGAGCUGGAAAUGGAUCGUUUGCAAAUGAAUGAACGUUCUGGCAUGCGUGCUAUCAAGGAGUGCGAGCGCCUUGAGACUCUCCUGGGCGAACUGCGCACGGAGAAUCACAAGCUCGAGCAGCAGGCUCGUGAGUCCGGCGCCAGUGAGACAGAAGUCGACGCUGCAAACCACCAGGUCAACAUGAACAACAAGCUUCGCCAGCAGCUCGAAGCUUUCAAGCUUGAGGCCGAUCACGCCAAGGCCCACCACGAGAUGAUGCUCGAGGAGUCUGAGAACACCAAGACAUCAGCGCUCGACGAGCUCCACCUGCAGGCACGCCACGAGCAGCAACGUAGCACUGCCGCGGACGAGCACAGCAAGACCGAGCAAAGCCUGCUUGAGCGUCUCAGCUUCUCUGCCUCUAGGAUCGAGCACUUCCAGGAUCGCAUCGCCCACCUCGAAGAGAAACUUGAAGUUGCCAAGGAAGCAGCGGCUGCUGCCGCCGCCGCCGCCAACGGUCCUGCUAGCCCUGAAAUCCAGCAAAAGUCUGCUGCGAUUUCUGCCCAGUCUGGCGUUCCCGAGAAGAUCUCUCCCCAGGCUCUGCGUGAGUCCAUCAUGGUUCUCCAGGAGCAGCUCCAAGCCCGUGAGCAGCGUAUCGAGGAGCUUGAGCAAACGGUCGCAAAGUCUGACCCCGAUGCCGCCAACAAGAUCUCGAAGCGGGAUGACGAGAUCAGCUGGUUGCGUGAGCUCCUUGCUGUCCGACAUGGUGACCUGCAAGACAUCAUCAUGGCACUCUCCUCCGAGAACGUCGACGGCAACCGCGUGAAGGACGCCGCCAUCCGUCUCAAGGCCAGUCUCCAGAUGGAGGAGCAAGAGCGCGAGAGGGCGAUGAACGGAGCGUCGGCUAUCAACCUCCCUAGCCUUGCGCAGAGCAUCCAGUCAGCGACCCCCCGCGUGGCUCAGAGUAUUGGAGCUGCAUGGGGUAGCUGGCGCAAGGGAAGCACUUCGUCCCUCACCAGCAUGAGCGGCCGUGCUCGCCUCAACUCGGCAGCGGCUUCUCGCAAUGCCACGCCGUCAAAGGCUGGCCCUGGGCCCCAGCACCCAAACCUGCACCUUGGUGGACUCAUGACGCCCCCGGCCUCGAGUAUUCGCCAAAGCCCUCUUGUCGCUAGCAAGCCCCAGCCAACAGCCUUUGGCAGCACCGGACGUCGUUAUCCAUCCCACGGGAGUGGCAGCCAACCUGGCCAAGAACGUCGCACAUCGAUGACUGUUCGCCAGUCGGAAAAGAUGCCUGCUCCUGAGGCAGUGUUACCACAGCUUCAGCGUGACGAGCCACCGGUCACGCCGCCCAUGAUGCGCCCCGCUGUAUACGACUCGGAUGCCCAAGCUGGGGACUUUGAUGACGAAGGCUUCUUUGUGGAUGAGUGA